AAACAAAAGGACUAGCCAAGCGCUCGGCAGCCUCCGCCCAGCGCCCUCCCCCACGCCCGCGCCCGCGCCCGCGGCGAUCUUGCCUCCACGUCACCGCCUACCGCCCCCCGCCUCCCGCCUCCCGCCUCCCGCCUCCGCCAGCAGCAUCUAAUGGCGGCGGUCUUAGCGGCGCACGGCUCCCGCGUCUCGGCUUCGAUCAUUGCAGGUUUUGGAAGUGCUCUGAGAGGAAUACCAAAAGGAUUUUGUCCUCGUUUUUACAAUAUCCAAGCAUCAAUAUAUAAUGGACUUGUUCAUAGGAGGAAAAUUCCUCUUCCGUUGAGAUGCUCUUUUCGCUCUAUUCAAGCAAGAAAUAAUCACUCAUCAUCAGCUGUUGUACCUAAAGAUUAUUGUGAAACUUACAUCCAAUUUUUGAGAGACAAGCGGAUAGUUCCUGAUUCAGAUCCUCCAAGUUCUAAGGAUGUGGACCUACUGUACCGGUUUAUAGAUAAGAGUAACAAGCUCAUGGUAUUAACUGGAGCUGGAAUGAGCACCGAGUCAGGAAUUCCCGAUUAUCGGAGGUACGGACAUGACAUUCCUAAUGGAGCAUACAGUUCUGGUUUCAAACCACUUACUCAUCAGGAGUUUGUUCGCUCUAUUCGAGCCCGACGGCGCUACUGGGCUAGGAGUUAUGCAGGAUGGAGAAGGUUCAGGCGAGCACAACCAAAUACAGCUCACUAUGCUCUUGCUUCACUAGAAAGAAUCGGCCGUGUUCACACGAUGGUUACCCAGAAUGUGGAUAGAUUGCAUCAUCGUGCUGGUAGUAAGCCAGUUGAGUUGCAUGGAAGUGUAUAUGAGGUAAUUUGCUUAGAUUGUGGAACAUCCAUCAGCCGAGAGUCAUUCCAAGAACAAGUGAAGGACCUCAACCCAAAGUGGGCUCUAGCUAUUGACAGUUUGGAAGAGGGACAACCUGGCUCGAGCAGAAGUUUUGGUAUGCAGCAGCGACCUGAUGGUGAUAUUGAGAUUGAUGAGAAGUUCUGGGAGCAAGAUUUUGACAUUCCUAGUUGCAGUCAGUGUGGUGGAGUGCUAAAACCUGAUGUUGUGAUGUUUGGUGAUAAUGUUCCGAGAGAGAGAGCUGAUAGCGCUAAGGAGGCUGCAAGAAACUGUGAUGCUCUUCUGGUGGUUGGUUCAGCGGUAAUGACAAUGUCUGCUUUUAGGCUGGCAAGGCUUGCACAUGAAGCAAAUGCUCCAAUCGCCGCGAUUAACAUUGGGGGCACCAGAGCUGAUAGCAUUAUAUCUUUGAAAAUCAAUGCGAGAUGUGGGGAGAUACUUCCUAGAGUACUUCAGAUGGGAAGUCUAGCUGUACCAAGCAUAAGCUGAACAUUUACAGUGUUUGGAGAAAUCAGUUACGAGGGAAGAUGGGUGAGACAUAUAUAAGUAGCUGUAGAUCAUUCUGUAAACAGGUCAGAACUUCAUAUGACCUUCCGGUUUGUGUUAGAGCAUUAUCAUGGUUGUUGUAAGUGUAAAAUCAUUUUUUGUGAUGACUCAUUAGUUUUUUUUUUUUAGAAAAGGAGGAGGACCCCGGCCUAUGCAUCUGGGCAAUGCAUACGGCCACUUUAUUAAUUAUUCUAAUAAGACCUUACAAAGUGAUACAA